AUGCAUAUUACCAGUAUUCAUCAUGCCUGUUGCGUAUUAUUCCAUAUUGUAGCAGUCACUCUGUGUUUUGUUGGAAGCGCUAGCAAUGCCCUUUCUACAUUAGACAACAAAAACAACCAAAAAAAGGCAACCAAUGAGCAUCCAGAAUGUUUGGAAUAUUAUGAUUUGAUUGUUUGUGGUGCCGGGGCUUCUGGAAUGUUUGCAGCUGGUACGGCUGCGGCUACUUUUGGAACCAAGACUCUUUUGAUAGACAAGUAUGAUAUUGAAGAAGGCAAUACUAGUAGUGCACUAAAGCAGCAGCAGCAGCAGCAUGUGGGAGGGGAUUGCACCAAUGCAGCUUGUGUUCCAUCCAAGGCAAUUCGAUCGGCAGCUCAAGUCUUGUCAACAUCAGGUGAGAACGACAACAGCAAUUCCAUUGCCCAACUUGCUCGACAGCAUGCUAUUGAAACCGUAUCCAAGGUUCGACAACGAGAAUCGCCAGAUCGAUUGGCCCAAACUCCCAAUUUGGAUCUCAUUUUUACCACGAAAGCAUCCUUUAUCCAAGAUGAUGAUAAUGAUGGUUGUUCCAAAACGAUGCAACUUGAUACCCCAUUUCGACUAUCGGACAAUGCAACUGACUGGGAAGUAUGUGACAACUCGGACAGUCUACGAGUCAAAGGAAAGAAAUUCAUAAUAUGUACAGGAGCUAGUCCGACCAUCCCCAAAGCCAUUGAAGACUCUGCCAAACAAUUAAAUGUUCCCAUUUUGACGUAUCGAUCCUUCUUUCGCCCGGAUGGCAAGGAGGGUUUGCUCUCCGAUCAAGUCUUGUGGAACACUACUAUUCACACUAGGAGGAAACAACAGGUGGUCAUUCUUGGUGGUGGCCCAAGUGCUUGUGAAAUGGCGCACACCCUCGGCACACUGAACCAAAACAAAGGCACGCAACUCGAAAUCACAAUGAUUGCUGCAACGAUUCUGCCCCAAGAAGAUGUGGCCGCUAGAUCCUUUUGCCGUACCUUGUUGAAAAAUUUGGACAUUCGGUUAGUCCUUGGCCAAAAGGCUACUCGCUUGACUGCCACUGCGACUGCUGAUGCUGCGUCUGAUGAGAUGCCCAAAGCUGUGGUACUGUUGGAGGAUGAGUCGCAAGUUCCCGUGGAUCUAAUCAUUUGCGCUACAGGCCGUGCACCAGGAGCCAAUUUGGAGGAAUUGCAAUUGGAGCGAGCGGGUGUCAAGUGGAAGUAUCAAAAUGGAAUCCUAGUCAACUCCCGAUUGCAAUCCAUCUCGGCCAAACAUGUCUUUGCCGCCGGAGAUUGUGCCAGUGCGGUACCCAAAAAGGAUCGACGGGCUGCCCAUGCUGGAUGGACUGGAUACCAUAGUGUCCAAAGUGCACUCUUUCCUCGAAUUUUCACGCCAAGAGAUUGCAUUCAUCCCGUGGUGCCCCGAGUUGUUGCGUUGGAUCCUGAAAUUGCCUCGGUUGGUUUGACGCACGCCGAGUGUGUGGCCCAAUAUGGCGCCCAUGGAUUUUUGCAUCUAAAAGCAAUGGAAGAAGGGACCGAUCGAGCCGACAUGGAUUCCAUUGGGCGUCCCACCAUUGGAUUUGUCGAGUUGCGAGCCUCCAAAGCUACUGGAAGGAUCUUGGGCGCCACCAUUUGUCUGCCCAGUGCACCCGAAAUUGCCAAUGAAUUGGGAUUGGCCAUUCGACACAAAAUGACCUGCCGGGAUAUGGCCAAAUCAAUACAUUACUAUCCGUCGUAUGGUUACUUGAUGCAUCGAGUGGCGCUGGCGUUGGCGUUCAGUAAUGUUUGGGGUAUGCUGGCUGCUUUUGGACCAUUGGGCCGAGUGACGGGAGGAAUUGGACGGAUCAUCCAAGCGAGUAUUGACAAGGUUGACUUUCGCAAGCGUACCAAGAAAGCAAUACGAGAUUGGCAAGCGAAAGGAGCGAGUCAAGAGUUCUACUUUCCUGAGGAGGACAAAGACGCUAGCAAUGCUUCUAUUUUGUCGACCAUCAAUGGCAUUUCCUUUCUUGAAGUGGCAGAGAAGGACGACUUAUGUCAAGCAGCAAGAGAGUUAGUGAAAGAACAAGCCCUAACCUUAGAUGUUUCUAAUUCCACGACAUCCAUGGCAGCUUCUUUUGUCGAAUGGAUGAAUUCUAAACCCAAUUGA